AUGAGUAAGAAGAAGGUCAAAAGUAGUCAAGAUUUGAGUAGCGUGGCUUCUGCUAGUAGUCCCAUUUUGGAGAUCACUUUUCCAGAGCCAUUGUUCGCUCUGUGUUGUCAUCCUGAACAGCCUCUAAUAUUUUCUGGACAGGCUUCAGGUCAUGUUAUGUGCCAUAGAUACGAUGCAAAAGUCUUACAAGAACGUAUGAAACGAAAUGAGGAAGAUGCUGCACAAACGAAGGCUAAAACCGAGGAACAAAACACUAACAAGAAGUUUUGGGUUGUAGCUGAAGCCAAAGAAGAUGGCAGCUCUGACAGUGCUGGAUUCAAGCUCCAAUGGAAGACGAAAAGACAUAAGGGUAGUGUGCGUGCAAUGUGCUUGGACGCGGAUGGAUCCCACCUUUACACCAUUGGUGUCGAUUGUGUGCUAAAGAAAGCAAACUCAGAGACAGGAAAAGUGGUGAAAAAAAGACAGGUUACUCAGGACACAAGUGUCAAGAUCACGAAGCUAGUGAAGUCAACAACUCAUCGCUUUCUUUUGCUGGGCGAUGAAAACGGCAAUGUGUUUGUCCUGAACAGCGAUACGCUGGAAUUGCAAACAACAAUCAAAAAAAUUCACUCGGGCGAUGCAAUUAAUGACAUCUUCCAAUUUACGGGCCAGUCCGUUUACAAGUUUAUUUCCGUGGGGCAAACGACUUUGGCUUAUUGGGACUCCAGGGAGUCCAACGAGUCGGACUUCAAAAUACCGGACGACGACCAGGACGCUAAGCGCAAGGUGCGAUUGAGUGAUGAUCAAGAAGACGAAAUUUUAUGUGGCACCUUCGUGGAUCCUCAAGGAGGUGACACGCUGGUGUGUGGCAUGGGUGAAGGGCUACUGACGGUUUGGAAACCCAAGAAAAACGACCUAGUCGACCAAAUUAGUAGAAUCAAAGUGAAAAAAAACGAGAGUUUGGACUGUGUAGUGGCCACUUUGCAGGACGAUGACUCUGUGUGGACUGGAUGUUCUGAUGGCCAGGUUUACAAGGUCAACGUAAAGACCGGGAAAGUGACAGAGAUACGGAGACACAGUGGGCUAGACGAAGUUGUAUUCUUGGACCUCGACUGUGAGUACCGUUUGAUUUCCGGUGGCAUGGACAAAAUCAAGCUCUGGGAACUAGCAGACGACGAACCAGCAUCAGAGCUCGAGGUCUCCGCAAGCGACGAGGAGGACAGUGCCAACGAAUCGGAUUCCGAGCCGUCCUCGCAUUCGGACUCGAUUGACGGUUCCGCUUCUGACUCAGGGUCUGAUUCUGACUCAGGGUCUAAUGUUGAAGACAGCGGCUCUGGCGAGGAAGAAGAAGAGCUAGUUGGUCUCAGUAAAGAAGAGCUACUAAAAGAGCUUGAAAAAGAUCUAGUGGAAAGCAGCGAUGAGGAACAAAGCACAAGCUCCAAAAAGAGAAACGCCAAGGGCAGUGACGACUCAAAGAAAGCCUCUAAGAAACAAAAAACUAAACAGAAACCUUUGACUUCCAAGCAGCUUCGUAAUCUACAGAAACAUGAACAUGGUAUUAAAAGAUUCGCCGGAUUGUAG